AUGCGAUCAUUCGCCUCCCUGGCUGCGGCCAGCCUUGCUCUGGUUGGUCUCGCAUCUGCAAGCGAUGUCCACGACUUGAAGACCGACAAUUUCAAAGACUUCAUUGCUGAACAUGAUCUGGUACUCGCAGAGUUCUUUGCUCCCUGGUGCGGUCACUGUAAAGCCCUAGCUCCCGAAUAUGAAGAGGCGGCAACCACCUUGAAGGAGAAGAACAUUCCUUUGGUCAAAGUCGACUGCACAGCUGAAGGAGAUCUAUGUAAAGAUUAUGGUGUCGAAGGCUAUCCUACGGUCAAGGUCUUCCGUGGCCUCGAUAAUAUCAAACCCUACCCUGGCGCCCGAAAGGCUCCCGCCAUCGUUUCAUAUAUGACCAAGCAGCAAUUACCCGCUGUCUCCCUCCUCACUUCCGAUACGCUUGAAGACUUCAAGACCAACGAUAAAGUCGUCGUCGUAGCAUACAUUUCCGCCGAUGACAAAUCCUCAAAUCAGACCUACACGUCCCUAGCGGAAUCGUUAAGAGAUGAACACAUCUUUGGUGCGUCAAAUGAUGCAGCUCUAGCCAACGCCGAAGGAGUCAAGCAACCCGCCAUCGUUCUCUACAAGGACUUUGACGAAGGCAAGAACACCUUUGAGGAGGCAUUUGAGGAUGAGUCUAUCACCAAGUUCAUCAAGACAGCGUCGACUCCUCUCGUGGGUGAAGUUGGUCCAGAAACCUAUGCGGGAUACAUGGGUGCUGGAAUUCCUCUCGCCUAUAUCUUCUCCGAAACCCCUGAAGAGCGUGCCUCCUUGGCUGAGACAUUGAGACCUGUCGCUGAAAAAUACAAGGGUGUUAUCAACUUUGCCACCAUUGACGCCAAGGCCUUCGGCGCUCAUGCUGGCAACUUGAACUUGCCCACAGACAAAUUCCCAUCCUUUGCUAUUCAAGAGACGGUCAAGAACGAAAAGUAUCCAUUUGACGGCAACAUCCUUACUGAGAAGGGCAUUGGCGCCUUUGUCAAAGAUUUCGUUGAUGGCAAGCUAGAGCCCAGCAUCAAGUCUGAGCCUAUUCCCGAGAAACAAGACGGUCCGGUCACGGUUGUCGUGGCUCACUCCUACAAGGACAUUGUUCUGGAUGACGCUAAAGAUGUUCUCAUCGAGUUUUAUGCCCCAUGGUGCGGACAUUGCAAGGCCCUUGCACCCACCUACGAGAAGUUGGCCGAGCUUUACACCUCCAACUCUGAGUUUUCCUCCAAAGUGACCGUGGCCAAGAUUGAUGCUACGCUCAACGAUGUCCCCGACGAAAUCUCCGGCUUCCCAACGAUCAAACUGUACCCCGCCGGAGCAAAGGAUUCGCCCGUCGACUAUUCUGGCUCUCGAACUGUUGAAGAUCUCGCCGCUUUUAUUCGAGACAAUGGCAAGCACGGAGUGGACGGUAUGGCCGCUAAAGAUGAGGACACCGAGAUGGAAGACAUUUCCUCUGCUGCCAGUGAUACUAUGGCCAAAGCUGCCCCCGCCGCCACGACCAUUACCGAGGAAGCCGCAGAUACGGCGACGAGUGUUGUCAGCGAAGCAGUUGAUGCGGCCGAGACAGUGGUCGCAGACACUGAGGAGGGUGGCGCCCAGGAGCAUGAUGAAUUGUAA